CUGAGGGCCGGGGGAUGCCACCCGCUCCUCUGGCGCGCAGUCGCUUCCGUGCCUCCCGCCGCCCCAGUUUAGAUUUUCACGCGCAACCCUGACGAUGUCCUGAUACCACAUCCCAUCGCAAUUCCAGCUGCAAAAUUACUGCAGGACCUGGAGCCCGGAAAGGAGCCGACAUCCCGCCCUGGUCCGCCCUUGCCCGGCGAGGCGCGGGGAGGCUCUCGCCCGCCUUCCCGGCCUGUCCCCCCGGGGACCCUGCGCCACCCCGACCAUGGCCCAGAAGCCGAAGGUGGACCCGCACGUCGGUCGGCUGGGAUACCUGCAGGCGCUGGUGACGGAAUUCCAGGAGACGGAGAGCCGAGACGCCAAGGAGCAGGUCCUCGCCAACCUCGCCAACUUCGCCUACGACCCCAGCAACUACCAGUACCUGCGGCAGCUCCAGGUGCUGGACUUAUUCCUCGACUCGCUGUCGGAAGAGAAUGAGACGCUGGGAGGAGGCCCAGGGCUGAAGCAUCCAGACUUAUCUUGCUUUCCCCCAGGAGGCCUCUGCAACCUGUGCUCAGACAGGGCCAACAAGGAGCACAUCCUGCAGACAGGGGGCAUCCCGCUCAUCAUCAACUGCCUGUCCAGUCCCAACGAGGAGACUGUGCUGUCCGCUGUCACCGCAAUCAUGUACCUGAGCUCGCCCGGCUCCAGCUCCCACCCUGAGCUGACCGCCAUGCCUGUGGUCCAGUGCAUGCUGCGCUUCUCUCUCUCGGCCAACACGAGGCUCCGGAACCUGGCCCAGAUCUUCCUGGAAGACUUCUGUUCCCCAAGCCAAGUGGCUGAAGCCCGCCGCCGGCCGGCUCACUCUGCCCUGGGUAUCCCACUGCCAAGGACCGAGGCCCCACAGCAGCCCUGACCCACGGACACAUCAAGGCCAUGGUACUCUUACUGCCAGAGACAAGACUGAAAUCCUGGUGGGGGCUCAGGAAGCAGGAGCCGUAGAGCUCCCACUGAGCACUUUCUCCCCACAUGGCGCCUUUUCAGCCAUUUUAAAGGUGAGUUUUCUCAG